AUGGUCGACGCCGACUUCAACAUCUUUGCAGGUCACUAUGGGCAGCUCUCCGCCUCCCAGGAAGCUGCGCUUGUCUCUUUCAAGAAACUGCUUGAGGACGCCAAAUUCUAUGACCCAGAGAAUCCCGGACGGCUCGAUGACCCCACCCUCUUACGGUUUCUACGCGCCCGGAGCUGGGACCCGCCUGCGGCACUAAAGCAGUACUCCGACUCUAUGGAGUGGAGGCAGAAAAACGACGUGGACAACUUGUACGUGACAUUCGAUGCGGAUGAGCUGGAGAAUACCCGAAGGUUUUAUCCCCGAUGGACGGGGAGAAGGGACAAGAACGGAAUGCCAAUAUACGUCUACCGUAUCGCAUCGUUAGACUCGGCACUCCAAAAAGAGCUUCAUGCAGUACCACCCGAGCGGAGAUUCCAACGAAUCAUCGCACUAUACGAAUACAUGUUGCGCUUCUCCCUUCCGCUAUGCACCCACCUGCCACACUCAACUUCAACGCCAAUAACCUGCGUCAUGACUAUCAUCGACCUCGAAGGCGUUUCCAUCGGCUCCAUGUGGACACUGCGCUCACAUCUUUCCGAGUCGGCCAAGCUCGCGACAGCAAACUACCCCGAGACGCUAAGCACCAUUGCCAUUAUAAAUGCACCGUCGUUCUUCCCCACCAUUUGGGGCUGGAUAAAGGGCUGGUUUGAUCCGGGGACGAGGAACAAGAUACACAUUUUGGGCAAAAACCCGGGGGAGGACCUUUUGAAACUGAUAGACGCGGAGAAUCUGCCAAAGCAAUAUGGCGGGACAUUAGAAUGGGAGUACAAGUCAGAGCCGAGCUUGGAUCAGCCCACGAAAGACGCAGUGGGGGCAGAGGAGUUGCCAAAGGGUCCGCAUGUAUUCGAAGAUGGUAAAGUAGGCAAACCGUGA